GAACAGGGUGGUGUAAAGUGAGAGAAGGAGGGAGGGAGAAAAACAAAGGAGGGACAAAGUACACCGAAAGAGAGAGUCAUAAAUACAGUCAUUAGAGCUCAGAAACAGGUGGCUGACUGUACCGCCAGUGGGAGGACUCAACUCCAGCCUGGUUUCUGGCACCGUGGAACAGCUGUCUCCGUGCAUCUGCACGUCUCUGGAUUAAAUUUUCAGCAUGGAUUUUCUCCUUGAUUCCGGCUGAUCGUCCCGGUUCUUUUCCCAGUGUUUCUUAGAAUAGAUAGAGGGACCAUGUCUGUGACCGCCCUGUUCAAGGGCAAGUGGUGGUCAAAGUCCCCGGACACCACAGAGAAGACUCCAGCACCUGUGACUCAUCACAGCCAUGAAGAGGAAGACGAUGAAGACGAUUCCAAAUCAGGCUUCAACAGAGAGACCAGUUGCAGGAACUCCAGAUUCUACCGGUCCAUGAGGAAGAAGAAGCCGAUUCGGCCUGAGCAGCCUGACAGUUCUCGACUCAGUUCAGACCAGACUUCAUUCAGCAGGACUGCCGGUUUGUCCAGCGUUCCUCCGAGGCACCAAACACCUUCACCCAGGGACAGACGUCCUUCACCACAGCUCCAUCCUCACACCAUUGUGCUGCCAAGCAAUGGCAAGGCAGGAAGUGGACAUAACAGACAGGCUGUGGAGCUGAGGAGAGGGGGAAGAGGAGGGUGGAGCGAGAGCACGUCUCCUGUCUCUGUGAGCCAGCAAACAGACUUUUCAGCUGGCAUGGGUCUCUACCGGGCACACAUGUUUCCUAAUCAGCACAUGGACAAACUGUGUGACCACACCACCAGAGCCUGCAGCGUGCAGGAGGUUCCAGGGAGAAACUCCGGCUCCGAGUGUGCGCAAAAUCAUGCCGACCACAGGUUCCUGAGAGAAGAGGAUCAUGCCCACCCACCCAGCCACAGCCUCAAGAUGGUGUACAAAAUUGGUUUCCUGUAUCAGGAGUACAGGGACAGCUCAGAGCAGCAGGAGAUCGAGGACCGCCGGCAGCGGGACAGCCGGCCUCCUGUGGGCGCAGCGUCAGGCGGCUCCUGGGGAUCGAGUGUGGCGUCGCCUCCAGCCUUACAGCUGCAGCUGAGGAAGUGCGCUCACUCUCUGAGCUUGUGGCAGAACCUGGAAGCUGUGCAGACUAGCGGCCUGCUCACCCAGCUACCGCAGAAAGAAAUCAUCAUGCAGGAGGCGAUGUUUGAGCUUGUUACCUCUGAAGCGUCCUACUAUAAGAGUCUGGAGGUUUUAGAGACUCACUUCCUUCAAAACCUGCAGUUGGUGAACACGCUGAACCAAUCUGACAUGCACUUCCUCUUCUCCAACAUCGAGGAGGUCAUGGAAGCCAGUGAAAGAUUCCUGAUGGACCUGGAGAACAGAAUCGAACAGUCGGUUCAGAUUUCUGACGUGUGUGACAUUGUUUAUUAUCACGCUGUGCAAAACUUCCAUGUCUUCAUCAAAUAUGUCAUAAACCAGGGGUACCAGGAGACGAACUACAGGCGCCUUUUAGAAGGAAACCAGGCGUUUCGGGAGACCAUGGCCUCGCUGGAGACGCAUCCCCGUGUCAGGGGUCUGACCUUUACCUCCUUCCUCAUCCUUCCAUUCCAAAGGAUCACACGGCUCAAGAUGCUCGUACAAAACAUCCUGAAGAAAGCUGACGAGAACUCAGAGAGGGAGGCCAAUGCUGUAAAAGCUCACCAGCAGCUGGAGCAGAUUGUGAAAGAAUGCAACGAGGGGGUUCGAAAAAUGAGUCGCACAGAAGAGCUCAUUAGCAUCGUCAAUUCACUGGAGUUUAAGUCAAAGUCUGUGCCCGUCAUUUCACACUCACGCUGGCUGCUGAAGAAGGGCGAGCUGCAGCUGAUGAAUGGGCCAAAGAGCACGAGGACCAUGCGAGGGAAAAAACUCUACCACCCCAUCUACUUGUUCCUGUUCAACAAUCUGCUGCUGGUCACCAAACGCAGCUCCAGUGGGGAAAAAUUCCAGGUUCUUGACUCAUGUACGCGGGCCAUGCUGAAGACUGAAGAUCUGGAAGACCAAGGUCAGCUGCUGGCCAGCAUCUUUCAUCUCAAACUGCUGGAAAACCAUGAAGACCGUGAAGUCAGCUACAUGCUGAAGUGCUCCAGCGUGAGCGAAAAACUUCGCUGGAUCUACGCUCUCACGCCGAACCGACGCACUCGCUUCAUGCCCACAAAUCCUCACCAAGAAGACACUCCGCAGGUGCAGUGUAUUCAGUCAUACACAUCUCAGGAACACGAUGAAUUGUCGAUUGAGAUGGCCGAUGUCCUCAACCUCCUGGAACGGACUGAUGACGGCUGGAUGAUGGGUGAGAGGCUCCACGAUGGGGAGAGAGGCUGGUUCCCAAGUCGAGUAGUGGAGGACAUCCACAGCAAAGAGAUCCGGGCUCAGAACCUGAGAGAAGUCUUGAGGAUCCAGCAUGCCCAGGAGGUGGACCGUGCCGGUCAAACUCCACACCUGUCACUGUCCCCAGACCGGGACACAUCCAGCAGGACCAGGUGUGUCACACCAGAAGCAAAAGCUGCUCAGGGAUCACCUCACCACCUCACUGGCUGUACUGAACCCCGCCCCUGCCAAAAAACAAAACAAAAAAUCAUUUUUGCCAUGAGAGGGUUUGUGAUCAAGAUUUCCUGCAAUAACUGAUCCGUAAACUGAAAUCCAUUAACUAAAAAUACAUACAUACACACACACAGAUCCGCAUUCACGUUUUGGGAGAUAUUUUUUUAGUAUUCAUGUUUUGCAGUUAACAGAUCAUUCACGAUUUGCAGCAGAUUCAUGUUUUCGGAAUUAACAAAUGUCCAAAGUUCAUCUAAACUGACGUGCAGGAAAUUCUGAUGAUAUUGCUGCUCAAGCAACAACUGGACACAAAGCAUCACAUACUCAAUAUUGAAGCUCAACAAAACAGUAAAAAAAAGGUCCUUUAUUAGUGCUGCACGGGGCGUUUGCAGUGUUACGGCAGCAGUAGUCAGAGUAACUGUGCAACAGCAGGGCAGCAUAAAAUGUGCAAGUAGAAAUCAAACACACAUACCGAGGCGUGGCAAAUCAAAAGAGGUUUUUGUGCUGUUUGCUUUAUUGGACUUUCUUCAUCUCGUUUGUUGAGCUGAUGAUGUUUUGGGACAAAUGCAUUUUGCAGUAUUAUAAAUUCUAAAGACUUUAAUUACUCCUGCAGAUCAUCAGGUUUAAAGGUCGACACAAGUCUAGUUUCUCUAGUGUGUGUACGUGUGUUGUUUUUGUUUUGUUUUUUCUUUUUUAGAUGCAGAGGAAAUGCAAACAGUUGUGCACAACAGGGACUUUUAAUUCCUGCUUUAGUGCCAGCAUUUAGUUCUUGGGACUAUUUUUUUUUUUUUUUAUCCAAAGUGAUAUUUCAUGCCCAUAUUAAACUCUCUGAUUGGCCAGGAGCUCUACAUCCAAAUCCUGAAAAAAAAAAUAUUUCAGGUUGAUUAUUUUAUCAUCCUGUAAACAUUCACAAGCAGUACGAAAAAAAGUCACAUUACAAAUUUUGGUGUUCCAG